UACAAUGAAUUCAAUGCUAUUUUUAUCAUGUUCAAAAUGUGUAAUGACAUUUUUACACUGAAUUUUAAUAUCACGAUUAGUUUUACACAACAUAUAAUCUUCCAUUUGAGUCCAAAAACAAUCAUAAAAUAAAUGCGUUAAAGAUUCUGGUUCAUCAUCGCAAAAAUUACAUUUGUUUUCAAUAUCUAAAUAUUUGAAGAAUUAUAGAUUUGUUGGAUAUAUAAUGUGUAAACUUUGAUGUGUACUUCUUUAAUGUUGUUUUAAAGCUUUUACUCUGGGAGUAAUUUCCCACUUUCAUAGAAUGUAUUACAUUUACGUUUAUUGUUGCAUUUAGCGCUCAACUGUUUACGUUUGUCCGAAAACGGAAGUACACGGCAGUGAAUCAUCUCGCCGUCAUCAAUACGCGCUCUCUUUGAUGUCAGAGGAAACUGUCAUGCGCAGAAGUGCCGUUUGCUGACAGGAACGGUUGGUGCUGUUGGUGAAGGAGUUUUUGACAAACAGCGCCUCUUUGUGGACAAAAAAACACCAAAAAAAUGCCUGAAUAAAAUAAGAGUGAUAUAGAGUUUCUAUUUAAAACUGCUGCAAUGUGAGACAGUCGGUUAGAAGACGUCGUAAAACGAUAAGUAUACCUGUUAAACUAGCACAUAAAGCUCGCCCGGGCCUAGCGCUGACGUUAAUGUGAUGCGGCUAUCGUCAGUUAGCUGCGUAGCUGACAGCAGCAGCAUUAUGGACUGAGUGCGUGGAGAAAAGAAAAACGCCAAAUCAUUUUCUUAUUUUAGAGUCUAUGAUAGCCGCCCGAGUAGUUGCAGUGGGCUUUGCUCUGACAGCUGUGGCCAAAGCGAUGACCUCCGUGGCAGCGACGACAUCAUCUGAACCUCGGGGGCGGCAUGCAUCAACCAGCCGGGAUGCUCACUCUGGAAGCCCGCUGCGGAGGCUUCAGAGGCUGCCGGCGGUGCCUGGUUUCAGCCCGAACCGAGUGAACGACCUGCUGCUCCUCCGGCCUGAUGCAUCGGGUCAUCAAAACCCGCACGACCGGAGCAGAAAUAACAAGCACGCUGUGUUUUUCCACGGGGAUAUCCAGAACUUCCAGGAGGAGAUGGCUCUGCAGCCGGAAGGAGCCCAGUGGCUCUGCUGGAGUCUGGAGCAGGUCGCCCUCACGCUGGGCCGCCGUUUCCCCGACCACCACGUGUGGGUGGUCAGAGCCUCCCGCAUGUAUCUCCACAAGUUCAGCUGCUACCACAACUUUGUGGAGAGCAACAUGUUCGGGGCGCCGGAGCACUCGACGUACUCACAGGACUUCGGAGCGUUUCAUCACCUCAGGGCCCUGCUGAGUCACGGUAUGGAGCGAGCCAACCUACCGAAUCCCCUCCGGUCUCACGGAGGCCCUGACGGCAUCCCCUCAGGGUUUUCACUCACGCUGGUGGGCUUCAGCAAAGGCUGCGUGGUGCUGAACCAGAUGGUGUACGAGCUGGCCGGGGCGCGCGCCGACCCGCAGAUGUCGCACUUCGUUAAAACCAUCUCGGAUAUGUUCUGGCUGGACGGCGGGCACCCGGGAGGCAGCGAGACCUGGGUGACGGACAAGCAGGUGUUGAAGGAGCUGGCCGCCAGCGGAGUGUCUGUUCACGCCCACGUGACCCCCUACGAGGUGUGCGACCCCAUGCGGGCCUGGGUGGGCCGCGAGCACGGACACUUCAUCAAGACCCUGGAGGAGUUCGGGGCUUCUCCUCAGCAGCAGCUGCACUUCGAGGACGAGCCCCCGUCAAUCGAGAACCACUUCAGGGUCAUCCAGGAGUUUUGAGUUUUGCUUUAGAGCGAGCACUUCAGACACAACACGCACACGCCUGAGCCGAACCGAGCGCUUUAGAUUAUUUAUUAAGAAUACAUCUUGAGUGUCUUAUUCGCUGGUCUUACCUCAUUAUUGUGAUUUUUAAGGGCUGAGAAUGUAGAGCAUGUAACAGAUGAUGCUGCUGCGCUGGACUUUGUACUUUCUUUCCGCUGCAAAAUGCACUUAAUCCGAGGUUGAAUGAUCCGGGGGCUUCGGCCCUGCUGCCUGUGAGAGAAUCCGAGGAGGAACACGCAGGUAUGAAACAUGGAUGAUGGAUACUUCUAACAUCCGCUGUCGUCUUUUCUUCUUUCCUCUUUACGCUCAGUGUAACUUUUACAUUUUGAUUCAGGCUGAAGCUUCGAGUCGCUGCAGAAACAUGAAUGAUUCAUGUUGUUUCGGUUGAGAGUUUUCAUUGCAUUUGAGAGCAGCUUACGUCGUCUUUCAUUCUCGUUACGUAGGUGAUCGAGCGACUUUUACACACAUGAAUGACUGAAUGUUUGAACUUAAAACAGCUGGUAAUGAUUCAUGAUUGUAUUCAAAUGUGUGGCCAAUUAAUUAAGCAUAGUUUCCAUUCCUUCAUUUCUUUAAAUGUCCAAAAUAGAUUUGUUACAAAUAAUUUUACUAAUAAUUUAUUAGACUCCUUUUUAUUUUUCCUUUAAGAGAGAAAAAACUACAUUUAGAAAGAUUCAUGUCUGUUUUAUUUUUCUAUAGAGGCAGAAAUGUGUGAUAUACUGAACCUUUUUUCUCUUUUACUGUCUGACAGCAGCAAUGUGUGUUAUCAGAAACAUGAUAGUUUGUUGUUGAAUGUCCUGUGAAAUCAAGCGGUUUGUUUAUAUUAUUAGAUAUGUCAGUGUGGGCAGCAUGUGUAUUAAUCUGUGAUGUUUUAAUUCCAGUCUAUGAUCUCUACUGUAUGUAAGCUUACACAGAAUCUUUGCACUUUUGGUGAUGGCUGUUAAUCAUUUCUGCUGAAUGUAACUUCAAAUCAUUCCACUAUGUUUACUACUCGCUUCAGGUUAUGUUGUUUACAGUUUUAGCUAGUUUAUAGCUAACAUAAUGUGCACGUUGUUUUAAACUUCAUCUGCUUGCAAAUUUGUCCUUUUUAACCAACAAUAGAAAAACAUCACUAAGUAAAGGACGAGUUCACAGUUUUUCAAGUCUGUCUUAAAACCCAGAGGAGCCCAGAUGACCAGUGAAACCAGUUUUUCUUGCUGUAAUCAUUUCAUCUGUUCAUACGAUGUAGGUGAUUACAUUGUAAGAAUAUUUGUAGGGGAUCUAAUGUUUGGAAUGAACAGGAGGAAUUAUUACAGCAAGAAAAACUAGUUUCAGUGUUCACCUGGACACCUGACUGUCUUCAGACAGACGUGCAGCUUGUUUCAGGCUUUGUUUUGAAUCAGCAGGUGGCAGCAGUGUGGAGAAAUUAGAAAAACAGAGAAGUCAAAAGAGAAAACCAUGUUGUAUUGAGUCAGAACAUCAGAAACAAAAAGAAGACUUCACAAAUACGGCGUCACAUAUUUUCUACGAUCUUUAAUGAGCUUUUUCACUUUGCUGUUUGAUGCCUAAAUAUUAGCCUGCAGCUGAUCAGAAUACAACACGGAUUAUGGUUUUUUUUUUUUUCUUAGUCAUUUCAAAUGCAAUCAGAACGCUCAUACAUUAAAAAAUAUAUAUAAAAUGCAAAAUAAACAUACAUCUCUGAAACA